UCUGUAGUCUGUAUUUUUAGAUCGUGUUUACAGAAAACUACAGCCUUGUGCGUUUCCAGCAAUCAGCAGUCUGAUGAAAUGAGUGUCUCAGGCUAAAACCACAUCAGUCACAGCACAGUUGUUUUGUCUUCCUUUAAUUUUUCAGCAUCCAAGAGGCUCCUAAGGAGACUAAAAUCUAUACUAUGAUGUUAUUUGAAUAAAAUAGGUUAUAAAAUGUUAGCCUCUGCAUUCAGUCAGAAAAUUUAGUGUUUGUGUCUUUGUGUUUAAACCUGUCAGUACAGAAUGCCUGGGAAGGGUGGGUACUGAGCCAAGGGUACCACUACUGCACACUUCUUCCCUCUUUCGCUUUGAAAAUACUACAUCAGCAAAUGGUUUUCACAUUCAAAACUGGCCAGAAUCCUGAUAACCUCAUACAAAGAGUAAUAACUGAAGAAUAACUGAAUCUAAUCAGAUUACUCUUAUCUGGACGUGUCUGUGUCAUGUACUGACUUUAGCUGUAGUCAGUUGAAUACUCAGGGCAAUAGGUAAACACAGAGCAUCUGAUCUAACCAGCCUUCUCAAUUCAUUUUCAAAUGCUUAAACUAAGCAGAAGGAUACAAAUCUCUUUUUCUCUUAACAUGAGUGCAACUCCAUGGAGAUCAUUCUGUCGGCAUGUGCAGGGGCAUGUGUUGGCCCAGGGAGUUUCAGCAAUUUCUGUCUAGGUUUGCCAAAUGCUCAUCCCUCUUUCUUGCCCUCAAAACACUCAAGAGAUUCUGCAUUAGAGCACUAAAAGGUACACAGGAGCACGCAGGUUUUACAGCAUUGUUAUACUCUUGUAAUAUAGGGGUUUUUUAUAAAUCUUGUUUAGCUUUAGCCAUAUUAGAGAAAUCUGGUUUUGCACAUUUUUGAUGUAUAUCAGUUAGGAGAAACAGUUAAUAGUAAUGGUGUGGAAUAUGGUUUUUCAUAUGAAGAAACUUGACAAUACACCUCUUUUAGGAGCAUGCAGCUCUACAAAUUAUGUUUGUACAGAAUACUCACUGUAUCAUACAGUAACUUUAAGGUUUUCCAUACAAGUAAUGAAAUGGGAACCAUACACUAAAAUAGACAGUGUCAGACUAGCUCAAAUUGUCAUUAAUAUUUAAUGUAUUUACUGUUUGAUUUUUGUAUAGCUUAAAAUUUGACAGGUAGAACUGCAAUUUGUUGUCGUUUUUUCUCUUUAUUAUUCAAGAAUAACGCUAACACUGGGCUACUUCAUGGCAUUUCAUGUAACAACAAGAGUUACGGCAGUAACAGAAUCCUGUGAGGUAAAAUGAUGCAGAAGAGCAUAUAAAAUAUUUAUUACCCAGUUAUACAUUUUUAAAGCCAGCAACAAAUUCAAAGGGGUUACUUCUUCCUGUGGCCUCAGACUUUGAAAGAAAGCAGUGGCUGCAAAGACAAAUUAAGAUCCAAAUAUGAUUGAAUGAUGAAUCUUUUACAGUGAGUUCAAAUAAUACUAAAGGAUCUCAUUUAAACCCACAGCAGCAAAAGAGAGAUUCAGAGACUUAGACCCAAAAUUCCUUCUGGACCUCAAACCCCAUUGUGUCUACAUAUUGUCACACAUGAGAUAAAAAUGAUCAGUUUGGGGACUGCUUUCCUGCCAGAUCACAGGGGCUCAGUUCAACACAAGGAUUUGCCAUUAAUAUGGGGAGAGCUUCAGUUUGCUUCUCCUGGUUCCUGCAGAACCAGCGUUGCUGCAGGCUGAGGAACAAUGAACCUGGAAAAACUAGCAGGAGUUUUUUGGAAAUCUAGUGCUUUAGGUGGUCACUGUGCUGUGGGAGAUGGUGCCUGUGCCUGUGGAAGUGUGUGGGUGUACAGAUGCCUGUGGCAGUAAAUCCUCUCAUUACCUUCACAGCCCUGGUCAAGGUCACCAUCACUGUGCCCUAAAGGGCUUUGGGAUAGAAAAUUAGAAAACACAGCAUAAUGAUAUCUGAUCUAUUCAUUAAGAUAAUAAUGAAUAAUACACUAUAAGAGGCCGUGUAGACUUUGAUAUCAGGGUUGUAAAAUCCAGCUUGGGGAAUCUGAGAUCCCUGGAAACGUUAUCUCUAAUUAAGAGAAAUUAUGGGUGCCUUCAGGAUGCUGGAAAUUAUCUUGCUGGGAGCCAGCUCUUAGCAGCUCAGGGCACACAGGGCAGCUCAGGGGGAGCAGGGCUGGGCAACCUGUGCUGAGGGGCUUCUGGCCACCCUGUAUGUGUGAGUCCAGGCCAGCUCCAGCCUUGCCACACAGGCUCUGUGUUCAUCAGCUGUCUGAGCAGAUUAAGUGCCCUCCAAGACCACAUCUCCUGAUUUAACUUCAUAUGAGUGAUUAAGAGUGUUUCCUCUUUGGCUAUUCUAAGGCAGCUUUAUAAUCAGAGGGCUUGAUGUGUGGGACAAUCAGGGGAUUCCUUUGGGUCCUCACUCCUGACCUAAAGUACUAAUAUAGUCACAUGCAGAAUGAUGUUAUUGUUCCAGCUUUGAUCCAAGAAGCUCCUUGGUCCUGGUGUUUCUGGCUUUUUUUUCUUUCUUUUUUUCUUUCUGCAGAAUCUCAGGGACAAACCAACCCAAUCUUUAAGGAUUACCUCCCUGGUUCUUCCGACAAUCCUCAGCAGAAUACGCCUGUUGAACCAACAAGUCUCUGGAAGCAAACAUCACACUCUCAUAAUUUGCCACCUGGUCUGGAGUACCUGAACCAGCUGGACCAGAUAAUUAUUCAUCAGCAAGUGGAGCUUCUGGAAGCCAUCCUUGGCACAGAGACCUCCAGCAAAUACGAGAUAAAAAACCACUUGGGACAAAGAGUUUACUUUGCAGUGGAAGAGAAUGGCUGCUUUGACCGCAAGCUGUGCUCGCCCAUCAGGUCUUUCACCAUCAGGAUUUCGGAUAACGUGGGCAGGGAGGUGAUCCGAGUCAUCAGACCCUUGAGGUGCAACAGCUGCUGCUUCCCCUGCUUCCUGCAGGAGUUAGAAGUUCAGUCCCCACCAGGUACAAUAGCUGGGUACGUUGUACAGAACUGGGACCCUUUUCUGCCAAAGUUUACUAUACAGAAUCAAAGUAAAGAAGAUGUGCUAAAAAUAAUUGGUCCAUAUGCAACCUGUGGUUGUUUUGAUGAUGUUGACUUUGAGGUAAAAACUCUCAAUGAGAUGACAACAAUUGGCAAAAUUUCCAAGUAUUGGUCUGGAUUUGUCAACAACGUCUUCACCAACACCGCCAACUUUGGGAUCCAGGUCCCUGUAGAUCUUGAUGUGAGGAUCAAGGCAGUAAUGAUUGGUGCUUGUUUCCUCAUUGAUUUAAUGUUCUUUGAAAACUCUUUGGAUGGAUUAUAACAAGAUGACAGAAACAAUGAAAUAUGCAGAAUGUCUUUCAGUAGAAAUCACUUGAGCUUUGGACAUGAUUUCGAACUGCAAAAAUCUUUGUUCCUUAUAGGAAAAGACAGGGAGCUAAUGAUGAUGUUUAUUAAAAUAUGUCUCAUGUAAAUAAUAAUUUCCCACUUAUAUUUUAUAUUUGUUGUAGCUAAACACAUACUUUUCACACAGAGCACUGUUUCUUUGGAACAGUGCUAUUCUCUUCUUUCUCUUUUGAUCUUCCUGCAUGGGAAAUCAUGAAAGAUUAGAUGAAGGCUUGCAGCAUCACUGAUGAAAGUCUAUGUUUAUAGAAGCCUUUGAUGUUUUGCAAGUGCUGGUACCAGUUACUAACCACAUGAGGGUGUGUUCUGGGGGAUUUUGCUUCUUUUAUAAUUUUAGAAGUAAUUUUCUGAUUUGUUAUUUAAUUAAUAGUAGCAAGCUGAUUUGAAAGUAACAAAUAUAAUGACAUACCCGAUGGGAAGUUCAAGAUGUUAUCUGUCGCAGUGAGUUGGAAGAAGGAAGGAAAGUUUUGUUUGCUAGAAAACUAAUUUUGUGACAAAGAUUGUUUUAAUGAGUGGCAGCCAGAAAUUAGGCUUCCAGCCCUAGAUGUGGGAAUGUAAGGUCUAUUCUGAAAAUCUGCUCUUCCACUAUUUCCACUGAAGGCAGGCCAUAGAUAAAGUCUGAGAUGGUCCUCUGUGUGCUGGAGGCUCACAAAUCACUUCCCUUUGUACUAGCCACUGUUAAGGACCCUUGCUGCCUUCUACUCAAGGCUUUCCUUAAAAGGUUUGUUCCUCUUUGUAAUAUCUGGUGGCUGAUAAUUUUUCAUUCAGACUUGCCUGAGGCCAUCCUAGAACAGAAUUAUUCUUUUCCUUUGGCAAGCUCAAGUAUUUUCUGUGAUGACUGUGCAGAAGGAGCUUUUUGCAGUUCAGCAGUUUUACACAGCUGUUCAUUCCUGCAGCCACACCUCAUUGUACUGUUCCCAAAUAUUUCCACCAGCGGGCUUUUGCUAAUACAAGCUUCCUUUGCAGGAAUUAUAUAUGUGCAAGACAUAAACAGAUUUUUUUUUUUGCUGUUGUUGCAAAAUAUUUGCUGUAUGAACUUGCUUAUGCCUCUCAAAAACUGCCUUCAAGAAGCAAGCCAGUACCAUGAAAUAUUGGUGACAAACCCAAUGGCUUUCAUAGUCUCCCAUCAAGUUUCUAAGGGGAACAUUUUACAAAUUACUAGAAAGGCUGGAUUUUUUUUAUUUUUAUUUUUAUUUUUUUUUAGUGUCAACCAGUAAUUCAAUUCUUGCAAACAAGCAACACAUCAACGGAAAGAGAGGAGAUAAUGAAUAAUUCAUAAAAAUGAAAAAGAGCUAAAUUUAUCAGGUGAUUAAUUCUCAACAAAUAUUUAGACUAAUUUUAAAUUAAUGUUCAUGGAUAUGAAUUCAAACACAGUGAAGUCAGGAAGUUGCAACUAACGUUCCCUUAGUGAAAUUAACUCAGGAAUGCUUAUAGAUUUAAACAGUAUGUUUUAGAUUAUAUACCACACUUAAGUAUUUAUACAGAUUUACAUAUGUCUUGAAAAUAAUUGUGGCUAACAAGCUCUGACAAUCAUCAUUAUCUGUUAACCGUUUCACUUCUGGCUGUCGCUGUGGCUCGUAGCGGUGCAAUCAGGCUGCAGGAGUUGGGAGCUCACAGGGAACCACUGCUGCCACCUUUCCCAGGAGGAAGCGCCCUGUGAGCUUCGUGGGCAAGAAGCUCCCUCCUGUGGAAAUUCGGGAAUCUGCAGAGGAAUCCAGGAUGCUUUUUUUGCUAUUCUCGCUAAUCUCACACUGGUGACGUUCUGUUAAAUGCAGCUCCUGCAUGCCUGACUGUAGACUGAGAGAAAGAACCAGACUGGUUUUUUUUGGUUUUUUUGGUUUUUUUUCUCUUUAAAUGCCUUUGCCAUCUUAGACAGAAGUCGCUGCUGUUGUAGCCCACAAUCUUGGCUCUCUGCACUGUUACUGAGCUGUGUGUGUCUGAACACUCGACUGUAUUCAGUGCCUUAAGAUCAGCGGGAUCCCCGUUUAUCUUCCCGCCUUCAAUUUCCAGCCUUCUUGUGGUCCUUAACAAGCCAAAGAAGUCUUUAAGCAAAUGUGUCCAACCUCAUUGAAGUCAACACAAAAUAAGGUUUUAUUUACCCACAGGGCUGAAUUUGGCUGUGAGCAUCCAUGUAAAUAUCUUGUAGCUAAGCAAUGUGUGUAUAUAUAUAUUUUUUAAUGAAUUGCAACCAGAUGAUAACACUGGAUUUCUUGCACUUAGUGGCUCUUUUGCUGUUUUUUGUGUUAAUACACAAAAGGUUCUUUUUGGCUCUUAAUGUGUAUAUAUAUGAGCAUUCUUGAAUUCUUCUGUUUACACUCAGAAUCAGCUUCUGAGCCAUACAAGAACAGGCUCAUUCCCUGGACAAAAUUCUAAGGAGCUCUUGCUCCUUAGAACUCCCUCAGCAGCCUGCUUGACCUCUGUGCCACCCUUCAGCAUCCUGGUAGCAAUUCAGUGCCAAUGCCAGUGCUUUUCCAGCUGGGAGGUUGGUCAUCUAAACCACAGCUGUCACACAAGGGCAGGUAUCCAUCCUCAGCAGAAUCUAUGGAUUCUGCACGAUAUUGCUAAAGAAUAGCUAACGUGUUCUAAAAUCUUAAUACCCUGCAGCUCUAACUAAUAACUCUUUCUUAUUAAUAGCAAUGUGUUUCACGUUAUGGGAGCUACAUUUGCCCACCUAUCACAAUUCCCCCACAGGCUAGGAAUGGCAAGCUUUUUCUAAAGACAAAUCCAUGUCCUAGAUAUCAUCUGGAAAGAAUCGUGACUGCGCUAAAGAAAUGGAAAUUUUACUUAAUCCAGCCAAACAAUUUGUUUUGAUCAGUCGCCAAACUGUAAAUCUUUGUAGUUCACACUCCUUGUGCUCAGUAGAUGGCAGCAACAGCUCAUUAUGACAGUAUUUAGCUUUUCACACAUCAUAAGCUGUACCCAGGAUACUGAUUGAAGUUCAACAUACCUUUAACCUCUAAUUAAAUUCUGCUCUUAAUUGAAGGCUUUAUUUUUUCUGUCUGAUAUUAAAACCUUGCCACACAAUACUGGAUUAUCUUUAUUGACUGCAAUUUACAGCUGAAUUAUUGGUUGUUUUAUGAGAUCUAGUCAGGACAUGGGCAGAAUACAGUCUACCACAAAAUGAGCCCCUCUGGUCAGUACUCAACCUAGUUUUUGCACCUGGAGCAUCUUUCCAGCUGCUUCAGGUGGUCAGAGGAGAAGCCCCAGCCCCAGGACACUCCCCACCUUCUGCAGAAGCACAAAGUGCCGUGUGUAAAGGAGGUUGCUGUGUGGUGGUGUAGCAGGCAGGGAGAAGGUUUCUCUGUUAAAAGGUCAUGUCAUGAUGCUCUGUCACUAUGUGCUGGGGCAGAGCAGGGGAAAUCCCCUGCAGUGCCACAAACCCAGGUGACACCAGCACGUGGGGAGGAGCUGGUUUGCUCGUGGGAAGAUCAGACACUUUGUGUAAGAGAGUGAAGACACAGAGUUGCUGUAAAUUCUGAGAUUCUUUGGUUGUCUGAUAAUUUGGUGGAUGCAAAAGUACUUCUCUUCAUAGACUUUGCUAUGUGUAUUAAAGAAAUAAAUAAAUCUUUUUGUGUCAAUUUUGUUAUUUGUUUUAGGAUUAGACAAACCUGGAAAUUACCCAAA